AUGGCGCCGUCAUCCGCUGCGGUCCUGCCGCCACUUGCCGAGCGACCACGACAUCCUCUCAGCCACCAGAAAGCGAGUCUCUCCCAUAAUGACCGCAAAUUGACCGCAGCUCCUCAACGCCCCGGCUCGGCAUCAGAAACUUCCCAGUCCUCGCCUCAAAGCAUCCAUAUUGAUGAGCCAUUCCGCACUCCGGUCACCUCGUCCAGCUCCCGCCCCUCGGUAUCGCCAACGACACCCAAGCUGCCUCCGGGCAGCAGCAGCUCGGAUGACAAACACAAGCCGGAGUUGUCCAACACACAACAACGCAAAACUCCCCCUUCGACCAAGACGACCACCAAAAUGUUCGACGGUGGCUUCUCGCCAUCGAUCGACGUAGCAGAUGAUGCGGUCGGCGGGUCUGGCAAAGCCGACCGCAUUUUGGGCCCAGAUGGAAAGUUGUACACGCAGGGUGAAGCGGCUCGGCUGGGACUCAUCAUUCGCACGGCUUGCGAAGCGUGCCGCAACCGCAAGCUCAAAUGCAGCGGCACUCUGCCUGAAGACGGAGGAUGCGGCAGGUGCAAGAGCGACAACGUAGAAUGCGUCUAUUCAGCCAGAGCGCCCAUCGGCCGACCGAAGAAGCGCAAGGUUGAAGAAGGACAAGACGCCGUCUCUGUAUCGCCUUCCCGAUCUGCCCUUUCGAGCCAGGAUGGAGGCUCAUCUACACAAAAGACAAAGCUCAAGGGCAAAGGCAAGGAGCGCGCCUCCAACAAUCUGAUUGCCAGAGUCAGGUCGGAGGAUUCGAGCUUCUCUACUGCGUCCCCUCUCGGAGGCGGCUCGUUGUACCAGCCCGACAGCUUCUUCAUGCCGGGCACGCCGGAGCACAGCACCGCAUCUCACGACAACUCACCCGCUGUCACGACGCCGAACAUGUUUGGCAUCUACCCAAGCUCGCUCUCGACGCCGUCCAUCCCCGGCGCGGGCUUCGAGGAUUCGCGCCUGCCGUCGACGCCCGUCAUUUGGUCGCAACAACACUCCAUGGCAUACGCCGUCACACCGUCCGAUGUCAUGACGCCGCCCGUGCCUAUUUCGCCAGCCACGUCGCAGCCACGUCCUUCCCCUGCGCAGACCGCCCUAGCCGCGAAGAUGCCAUCGCUCGACGAUCUUUCGGUGGCAGCGUUCCUGCAGUCGCUCGACACGCUCGAGAUCUCGUCGGAAGAAUUAAUGCAGCAGCAGCUUCAGCGGGGCAAUGCGGACGCGGCGACGGGCUCAGCAGGAAGGGCGAGUGACGCGAGCUUUGCGCAGGGUGCGCCAUCUGAGGCGACUAACGCCGAUGCAAGGCCGAUAUCGACGUCGUCCGUCGAGGCAUGGGCAUUGAGCAGCGCGAUCCUGCAGCCGGGACUUAGCUUUGCGGUGCCGGCCGACUUCAGCUGGUGGGACCUCGGCCUCAAUGGCGCCGACCCUGGCUCGGGAGGUCCAAGUGUAUCGGGCACGCCAUCAGCAGAGCUACCCGCCUUCUCGUUCCAGGCGGGACAGAUUGCACAAGCUGGUUCGACCCCGUCGAUAGCGGGCAUGGUUGGCGGACAAUCUUCUAAGGGUGCACUGCUGUCAUCAGCAAAGCCAAGGAAGCGCCGACCUACAUUCGGCAGCGACCAGCCGUGGCCAAGGGGUGCAUUGGCAGGGAUGGGCCAAGGGCAGAUCCAGCAGGCCGUUGCGGCCACAGAGACUGGCCUCGGGUGGUCUACACUACCGGGCCUCGAAGCUGCUGCAAGAUCAUCGGCAAGUCCUGAUGGUGCUCAGGUCAACGGGUCGAGCACAAAGAGCUGCUGCUCUUCCAAGCCGAACAGCGGCACGAGCGAUUCGCCCGUCGACGAACAUGUGCGGCCAAAAGGCGAGGGUGUCGACAGCGUGGUGAAGAGCCCUUGUUGUUCGUCGAAACCGACGCGACAAGCGACACCGCCUGCGUCCGUGCCGACUUCCGCGCCUUCCUGCUGUAGUGGCAAAUUCGCGCCUCAGAACGAAGUGGCCGAUACGGACAGCUGCUGCUCCAGUAACGGCCCUGCCGCGACGUCCAAGAGCGGCGCGGAGGUCGAGAUCGAGAUGGGACCGCUGUCGACGUCAGCCGCCGUCACGGGCAAGGUCAAAGAGUCGCUGAACGUCGAGUGUCGACGACACGCCGAGACGCACGCCCAUCAUCCGAGGAAGGUGCACUGUGUGCCCAAUCCCAGCGGCAAGGGCUGCACCUGCCUAUGCGAUAUGAGCGUUGCGCUUCUCAGUGUCAGGCAAGUCCUGCGCGAGACUGACCCCGCGCGAACCGACGGCCGCGGCACGGCGACGAGUGCAGCUAGGUCAGCGAGCUUUGCGACCGAUACGAUCCAGCUGACCUUGACGGCGUCGCAGGCGAUUACGGCGCAGUGUGCGUGUUCGGCCGACUGUCCGACGUGCCAGUCGGACCCAUCCACCGAGAUCUCGGCGUCAUUACUCGUGUCGACAGCACUGCAGAUCUAUGCACGCGCGGUGCGCGUCUUGCGCGAGGGCUUCGCAGCCUCCACGGCGGGUAAGACCGAGUCUGCCGAAGUGGCCGCUGCAGGCGGGUUCUUUGGCGGUCUCGAUGUGACCAUCGGCACGUACAAACCGUCGGCGGCCAACGCAAAGAAGAUUGCGCUGUUUGCGAUCAAGUUGGAGCUCAAGGAUCUGCGGCGUGCGCUCGGAAAGAUUUCGCGCAUGGCUCAGAGCUGGGGCACCACCGCUGACGUCCCCAAACCGACGGACGAUGCAGCGCAGUUGGAGAACAGCGGGGAUGACAAGGCGCAAUGCAUGAACCCGAUCGACCAGCUCGUGAUUCUCAAGCUCUACCGCCAACUUACGGAGCUUCUCAAGACGGUGGAGGGCCUCGAAGACGCAGCUUGA